UACCUGGAUGUUCAAUUGACCAUGAAAAUGACCCCUUCGUUCUCGAUGUGUUUAUCGAUGCAGAUCAAUGGAAGAAGUAAACUUUCUCCUUCACACCAUCAUUCUAUACUUUUACUAUGCUAUUUUUCUUGACUUUGCAAAUUCACAAAACAUCGCCAUAGAUGUCGCCCGGAAGACCGUCAUUCACGGGGAGGAGGACCUGGUGAUCACGUGUUCACUCCUCCGCUACAGCGAGCUCCUGAAGGUGGACAGUAUACGGCUCCUGAGGAAUAGCUCAGGGGGCAGCGAACAGGUCAUGGGCACUCUCACGGACACCCAGCGCCCCCCGCCCACACAGAUCCCUGGGGUCAGAGUCACCGGCUCCCUCCGUCCCCUGUGGUCAGCCAAACUCAGCUUUACUCUGGCGAAAGAAUUUGUAGAUUGCCAAAACGAACGCGCGGGGUAUAUGUGUUCUUUGACGGGUAUGGACCAAUCGUUUAUACCGGUCCAGCAGUUCACCGAGCAAGUACCGGUAGACGUGGCAGGUUUAUACAAGCAGACACACAAAGAAGUGAUUGUAAUUGGAAUAACCGUUGCCAUAGCUAUAGUUGCCAUUGGAGCCGGUGUUAAUUUUGCGGUCUGGAAAAAAUAUCACAGUAAGUUGUUCAAUGGUACAAAGCCACAUGAAACACACAGAAAGAAGACAAAGCCAACUCGCGAAGCAAGACCCCAUUACUCGGAGCUGGACAUUCCGGAACAGGAACAGAACACGUACGACGUCCUCAACCCGUACAUAGAACCGAAAGAUGAACAGAGCGUUAUUUUACGCACAUUGGGAACAAUUUCAUGCUCACCAAACCCUGCGGUUGUUCUUGUGAUUGGAAAAGACACCAUGAAUUCUAUCUUUGGACGUUAUGUUAAUGGACAUGGAGCCUAUAUACCUGGCACUGCUUUACUUAAAGCCAUAGAGCUAGUAACCAAAGCCACUGAAGAAGACAAAAACAAAAAUUAUGAAGAAGCUUUACGACUGUAUGAACAUUCAGUGGAAUAUUUUUUGCAUGCUAUGAAAUAUGAGGCACAGAGUGAAAAGGCGAAAGACAGUAUCAGAGCCAAAUGUGCACAGUAUCUAGAUAGGGCAGAAAAGCUGAAGCAGUUUUUGAAUAAAAAAUCUAAAAAACCUGUUGCAGAUGGAGGAGGGUCAGGAUCAAAUAAUAAAGGGAAAUCUGCAAAGAACAAUGAAUCUGAAAGUGAUGAGGAGGAAGAUCCAGAUAAAAAGAAGUUUGCCAAUCAGCUAUCAGGUGCCAUUGUUAUGGAAAGACCAAAUAUAAAGUGGGAUGAUGUUGCUGGUUUACACAUGGCUAAAGAAGCUCUUAAAGAGGCUGUCAUUUUACCUGUAAAAUUCCCUCACCUGUUUACUGGUAAAAGAAAACCUUGGAGGGGGAUUUUAUUGUUUGGACCCCCUGGUACUGGAAAGUCUUACCUAGCUAAGGCAGUGGCUACCGAGGCAAACAACUCCACAUUUUUUUCGGUGUCCUCGUCAGAUUUGGUGUCAAAGUGGCUGGGAGAAAGUGAAAAAUUGGUAAAGACAUUAUUUUCGUUGGCUCGUGAAAAUAAACCUAGCAUUAUAUUCAUUGAUGAAGUGGACGCACUGUGUGGAUCGCGUAGUGAGAAUGAGUCUGAGUCGGCUCGUAGAAUCAAGACCGAGUUCCUGGUCCAGAUGCAGGGUGUAGGAGUGGAUAAUGAUGGGGUCCUUGUGCUGGGAGCCACCAAUAUACCAUGGGUCCUAGACUCGGCCAUUAGGAGAAGAUUUGAAAAGAGAAUUUAUAUUCCCUUACCUGAAGCCCCUGCAAGAACAGAAAUGUUCAAAAUUCAUCUGGGAAACACCCCUCAUUCAAUCACAGAGGAAGAAUUCCGAGAACUUGGGAAGAGAACGGAUGGGUACUCUGGAGCUGACAUACAAGUCGUGGUCCGUGAUGCUCUGAUGCAGCCUGUCAGGAAAGUCCAGACAGCCACACACUUCAGACGAGUGCGAGGUCCAUCACGAGAUGAUCCUAAUGUGAUAGUGGAUGACCUUUUGACCCCUUGUUCUCCUGGAGCCCCUGGGGCCAUAGAGAUGACCUGGACAGAUGUGGAAGGAAAUAAACUUCUGGAGCCCAUUGUAUCAAUGUCUGACAUGUUGAUGUCAUUAGCCACAUCUAAACCUACAGUGAAUGAAGCAGACUUAAAGAAACUGGAAGAAUUCACUGCUGAUUUUGGGCAAGAAGGAUAGAAAGAGCCCUAGAUCUCCCAGUGUUCUCGUUUCUUUUUGUUUUUAGUGUGCAUAAACCCAAAUGGCAACAGAAGACAUAUCUGGUGUAGAAUUCUGGUCUGCCUGUACACACAAUAUCAGAUUACGUAUGGUAUGCCUGUGAGAGAUGUGAAUUGCUCAUGACUUGGAUAUCUAUUUAUAGACCUCAUUAUACCCUGUUUGCCACUGAGCAGUAACAAAUAAUGCUGUGAUAGAAAUGAGUACAUGAUAUCCAUGUGGUUUUGUGACUUUUCUUGUUUAAACUUUUUAUUCUUUCUUCUGAAAAUCUUUUUCAUCUGAUCUUGUCCAUUCUGUUGAAUGACUCGCUCAGCCUGCAUUUUGUUAGACUGGAAACAGAACUUGUGAAGGGAUUGGUGCAUAAGCUUAUGCUGCAUUACAAGCCUUAUGGUGAAUGAAUGUUCCCCUGUCUUAUUUGUUUCUUGUACAUUUACCAGUGUAAAUAUUGUGCUGGAAGGAUGAGCUACACAUUUGUAUAAAACUGUUGAUAGACAUGUAGAAUUAAAAACUUGAUAUAGAUCAUCUGAAGUAGUUGUUAAUGCAUAGAAUCAAAUAACUGUCAUGUUUUAUAAAGAAAGUAUAUGUGUAGUUCAUUACCUUGCUAAACUUAUGAUGAUGUGUCCACAAAGGACAAAACAUUAAAAAUAUACAAAAACAAAAA